UGACAAGUAACAUGCGCAACAUUAAAGCUGCUUAUUUUUAUCAAAUAUUUGUAAAUAAACAUUUGUUAUUGUUAACAAUCAUCAUCAUCAUCAUCAAUUAUUUUUAUAUCUAGAUUGUUAACAAUGCCGAGAAAACAAGCAUCAUCUAAGCCCAAAAAACAAGUGUCAACAAAGCCUCCAUCAACAACACCAUCAGUGAAAAAUUAUUUCCUGAGAGUCACCAGAUCCACAACCAAAACUCAUGAAAAAAUAGAUUUUAAAGAAAAAUAUUUAAAAAAAAAUGUCGAUCCUGACAACUUUGAAAUAAUUGAAAGUGACGAAAAAGGAAAAGGUGUAACAAGCAAAGUUAAAAUACCAAAAAAUGAAUUUGUGUGUGAAUAUGCCGGUGAUUUAGUGAAAUUUUCAGAAGCAAAAAUUAGAGAAAAAAAUUAUGAAAAUGAGCACUUGGGUUGUUAUUUAUAUUUCUUUAACUUUAAAGGAAAGAGGUUUUGUAUUGACGCAACUAAACCAAAUGACAGAAUUGGACGUCUCAUCAAUCAUAGCCGUAAAAAGCCGAAUCUGAAAACAAAAAUAAUAGAUCUCGAUGGCAAGCCUCGUUUAAUUUUCAUUUCAUUAAGAGAAAUAAGUCCAGGCGAGGAAUUAACAUACGACUACGGUGAUAGAAGUAAAGAAGCUAUAGCUGCCCAUCCAUGGCUGAAUACUAGUUGAUUUUAUUGAAACUUGACAAAUCAUCGAAAAUUGUAAAAUUUGUAUUUUAUUUAAGAUAGCUUUUUCAACAAUAAACAAUUU